AUGAGGCUGUUCAACACCCUCGCCGCCGUUCUCGCGGCUACAUGCGCAUCAGUCCUCGCUGGUGCCGCUGGAGUCGAAAAGUCUGGUCACGCUGGAACAUUCAUCGUCGUUCUAAAGAAAGGCAUCUCAACACGCAGCGUGGACUCCCAUAUCGAAUUGGUUCAUGCAAUGCACAUGAACUCACUGGGCCGACGCGAGCUUUCUCUCCCCGGUAUCAAAGAUGUGUUUUCCAUUGGAAACUUCCAGGCAUAUUCUGGUUCUUUUGACGAUGAUACCCUGCAAAAGAUCCGAGAGCUUCCAGAGGUUGACAGCGCAGAGCUUGAGCAGAAGUUUACACCCGAUGCCGUAGCUACCCAGGAGGCUGCAGACCAUGGCCUGGCGUCCAUGUCCAGCCACGGCCCUGGAGCCAAUAACUUCAUCUACGACGAGAGCGCUGGCAAGGGGACUUUCGCUUAUGUGAUUGACUCGGGCAUCCAAGGCGCCCACCCAGACUUUGGCGGGCGCGUCAAGCAAGGAUUCAGCGUGACAGGGUCUUUUGACAACCUUUAUAACCACGGAACCCGUGUUGCUGGAUGUCAGGGCUCUACAACCUACGGAGUUGCAAAACACGCGGAAAUUAUUGACGUGCGGGUAUUCGAACACGCGAGCGGAACCACUGCGGAGAACAUCCUCAGAGGUUUCAGCUGGGCCGUCGAAGACAUUCUUAACAAGUCACAAGCCCAUAAAUCAGUCAUCAACAUCUCCAUGGUCGCGGAGGGGCUCGAAAAUGCGGAUAACGACCCAGUCACCAGAGCUGUAGAAGCUGCCUUUCAAAAGGGUAUUCUCACCGUUAUUGGAGCAGGGAAUAAGGCUUAUAAUGUGAGAGAGGUUGCUCCCGCCGCGGCUCCCAAUGCUGUGACAGUCGGCGCGAUUGACCGGGACUGGGCACUUUGGAGCAGUUCCGGCGUUGGAGCAGGCGUCGAUAUCCUGGCCCCAGGAGUGGAUAUUCUCACAAUCACAAGCGAGAAUAACGAACCGAUACGAGGUUCUGGAACCUCUUUCGCGACUCCAUACGUCUCUGGCGUGGCACUAUACCUGGCUGCUUUGGAGACCUUCAAAAGCACCCAGGAGUGGAUCGAUAAGAUCAAGGCUCUUGGAACGGCCGGAAAGGUUUCAGGCUUGAGGGAUGAUACCGUCAACUUGGUUGCCUAUGAUGGCGUCUCUGCUUAG